UUUGUUUUCCGGGUGAUGCUGCUCUUCUCUUCAAAGCAGAGGAAAGUCGGGGGCUCAUGUGUCAACAUCCAGGGUUUCCCCGGGGAGGUGUAACGUUAACGUUAUUCCAAAAAAAAAAAAAAAAAAAACCCCUGAUGUUCCUUUGAAGAGCGUUUUUUCUUAUUUUUCGGUUCUCCUCUUCAAUCCGCGGAGGAAGAGGAUUUCUCUCGCCGCGACGACCACAACACGAUCUUCGGCUCCCGCUGCUUUGACGCUAGCUAACGUUAUUUUAAACGAUGACAGAGUACAAAGUGCGAAUAGCGUCUCCGAUCAUUUAAUAAUAUCUGGGGACCUGUUAGCUUAGCCAGCUAGCCUGGUAAUUCGAUUAGAACAAGGAAACACGGCGACACACACUGCUGACAUGAUGUUUCCUCAAUCAAGGCACUCGGCGUCCUCUCAGUCCGGUCAAGCUCUUAAGUUCACCACUUCUGACUCCUGUGACCGCAUCAAGGAUGAGUUCCAGUUCCUCCAAGCACAGUACCACAGUUUGAAGCUGGAGUGUGAUAAACUGGCCUCUGAAAAGUCAGAGAUGCAGCGUCACUAUAUCAUGUACUAUGAAAUGUCCUACGGGCUGAACAUUGAAAUGCACAAACAGGCUGAAAUAGUGAAGAGACUGAAUGGGAUCUGUGCUCAGGUGCUGCCUUACCUGUCACAAGAGCAUCAACAGCAAGUCAUGGGCGCCAUAGAGAGAGCCAAGCAAGUCACGCCCCCUGAGAUGAACUCCAUCAUACGGCGUCCGUACCAUAUGUGUCUUCAGCAACAGCUCCAGGUGCAACACCUGUCCCAGCUCCAGGGCCUGGCCCUGCCUGUGACCCCGCUGCCCCUGGGCCUCACCCCUCCGACCCUGCCCGCUGUUUCCACCAGCUCCGGCCUGCUCUCCCUGUCCUCCAUCCUGGCCAACUACUCCCAUGGCCAGGCCCAGGCGGUGAAGGAGGACAAGGCCCGGGAGGCCGCAGAGAGGGCGCCCCGAGGAGACGACGGGGACAAGUCAGACUAGUGCAGACGCAACAAGAAGGUUCGGAUGGGGGCGGGGGGGUUGUGAAGUGUCGAAGGAGAAAGGUAAAACUGUAACUGUAAAUGGAGAUUGAUGUAAGUCUGGCUGCCUGUCUGCUGAGUGUUGAUGUAGAAGAGUAACUGCAGGGAUGAUGACAAGCAGAGAGGACAGAGUUGAAACUUUUGGAUGUGCAGAGAACGAAACUGCUGAAUGGCUGAGAGUGAGAGUUAAAUGUUCUUAUUAUUUAGUGGUAAUAGACUCAGUUCAGGCUUCUAGACUUUAAAUAGAUGCUUUUUUUAGUGUAAGCCACUGUUGUUAGGCUUAACCAAGAUAAAUGUUUUCCCAUUUGGAGUGAGAGCUGAGGAUGAAAAGCUAACAGCAGUGUCCCUUACAUGGAUCUGCCUCUCACAGGUUUAUAUUUCUUAAUUUUUUUUUUUUUUUAAUCAGAUCAGUUUUCACUGUUUUUUUUUUUUUUUUUUUUGUUCAUGUCCUCCUUAGUCCCUCUGAUGGUUUCUUACAGGCUUUAACAACAUCUCAGUUCCCUCUAACUCCUUUCCUUCCGCUCAUAACUUACAGUAGCUCCGUCACCUUUUUCCAAAAUGGAAGAUGUUGACUAGACAGUGAUAGCAUUCAUUUAUGUACUUGGAGCCAAAUCAAAUCUUAGUCUGAUGUUAAAUGGGAUGUUUUUAAAGGGACAUUUCACUUGUCAGGUGCAUUUAAACCCUUCAAACAUAAACCAUGCGACUUUUCACCGUUUUCUUUCCUUCAUACAACCAACCACUGGACGCGUUACCUUAGCUGUGUACCUCAGUCCCGAAUAAAUGGGAUUAUAUUACAUUUAAAAAACCUAUAGUUUGUACAAAUGGUAGAAUACCCAUCUUGCGGAGGGGGGGGGUGUUAAUUUGUGUUUCAUAGGCCUAGCUGCUGCUGCUACGCGCGCUACAUGGCAUGGACCAUGACUCGUCUUUCAAUGACAAGAAUUUAAGCUCUGAAAAAAAUUGACUUUAUUUUGACAUGUUGUUUUCGUGACGUUAAAGACAGGCUAAUUAGAAAUUCAAAAUGUGUCUGUGUGUGCUCGAGUGAAUGUGGUCGGAGAGAAGAAAACACUUGUUUAAUUUAACUUUAUUUUUUUUCUUAAAGCACCUUUUUGUAUUUUUCUCACACGCCCUGCUCCUGCCCCUUUCUCAUACUGGUCCGCUCGUUAACUGAACAAGACAAACUUAAACGGGAUCUAAUCUUCAGAACCAGACAGUUGUAAAAGACAUACAUGUACUGUAUUUCUGUAAGUUAGCACACUUCAGUUUAUACUGAGACUGUAUCAAGCACCUGUCUUUUCCUGUCUUGUUUAACUUGUGUGCGAUUGUUUGGGGAAAGGCUUCCCCCUUUUUUUAAUUUUCACAUUGUUUUGAUGAAGAAUGUGUCCUGGGUGAGUUGCUAAAGCUCUGUAAGCAACAUCAAACAAGCAUUCCCUCAGAAAACAACAGGUUUAAACACGAUUCUCUGGCCAAAUUAACUGUUAACUGUUGCAAAAAAACUCACUUCUCUAAAACAAAACAACCCACUUUAAUUAUUUGAAUUACUAAAACACCAAACUAGUGUAAACACACUACAUAAAACCUUUUUUGAAUUUGCAUGUAGUAUAAAUUUCAAACCCACAAAAGGUGUCAGAAAACAUCAUCAGAAGCGCUUCUUCGUGCUUCUCCACCCUCACUUUUCAAAUGUAAUUGGAGACAUUUUCUGAAACCAGCCAUCAGACAUUCAUACAUCAAAUUACUAAUAAACCCAUCAAUUAAUCAAUUGGCCAUGUAAGCUGUGAUUUUUUUUUUUUUCGCUUAUCACUUUUAACAUAGAGCAAAUGAGUGUGGACAUCUUCCAGCAGUGACUGUCUGAAAAGUGUGCACCGUAAUCCCCAUAUUUAAAGGAUUUUUGCCAUAGCUCAGCAAGUAAACCCCGUCCUCCGCUCUCUAUGACGGUCGACUCUUCACCCCACUUAAAGUACAACCAUUUGAAACCGCUAUAGACACUUUUGCCGUGUGCCAUGGUCGAAUGACGCAUCGUACAAAUUAGUUAUUUUCAUAACCCGGCUCUUUGACUAAGCAGGCGUUGUAACAAAGUGAUCAUGUAAAGUAUGCUCAAAACAGUCUGAAAAACCCUUAAAAUUUUUGAGUAUGCUGUUGACUGAUUCUAUUGUCCCACAAUGCAAUGCGCAAAGGAAAUGGAGAAGCUGCUGCAGACAGCUAGAAAAUGUUUUAACUCAAGGUAGAUGGUGGUGAAACAGCUCCAGGAACAGCAAUUAUUGGAAAAAAAAUGUUGAUGUCCUUUUUAAAUUUGGCUGUCUGCCUCCAAUGACCUCCAGUGGAGCGACGUGUGUCAUUAGUAUAAAGUAUAAAACUGUUAAGUGUGUUUUCUUUUAUACUACCUGCAACAACAAUAUACUAGACUGCUUGGUUUAUUGUUCAUAUUGCAAGUGCUUAGUAUGGAAUUGGGACACAGCUGAGGUGUGUGGUUGAGAAAUAGGAACGUUCAUAUUUGAGGCAGCAGAGGGCAGCAGUGCUCACUCAGUUCAGGUCAGUGUGCUGUGUUCACCUUACUGUGACCGCCAUUCUCUUCUCGCUUCAUUUCCUGACUGCGGGCCGAGCAUCUGCAGCCUGCUGGUGUUCACAGUGAUUCCCCUGUAAUGUGAGUGCUACCCAGAGCUUUGACAACCCACCUUAAACGUCUGAGCAUGUCUGAGAUCGGAGCUUUUUUCCUCUGUAUUUUAAUUUGAAAAGCACUUAAGUUGCGGCUCAGUGCUCCUUCUUUCUAUUUUUUUUUUUCUUCCUUUCUUCUUCUUCUUGUCUGUGCUAGUGUUGGGGAGCUGAAGAUUUUCCCUCCCUGGAGAUUUGACCUUAAUAUACUGAGUGUCAUUUGCACUCUUUAUGCUGACGUCAGUCUCUGUAGAAAACCUCCUUUGGCAAAACUCAGACAUAUGAAUGGUAUGUGUGUUUGUUUUUUGCUGUGAAGGGCCAAUUUGUAUACAUAUGAAUAUAUCAAUAUACAUAUUUUUUAAAGCAUUUUUGUAUGUUUCAAAGCUGCUUUUUAAUGUGUGUGUAUCAUGAAAGAUUUGGUGUUGUAUGUGUGCAUUACAAGCCUACAGUUAAGAGAGGCACAAUGUUGUAUACCAUGUUGUUUUUCCUGUUUUUUCUCCCAUUCUCUCAGUAGGCAGUAACACUUAACAUUGUUUUCUAGGUUUGUAAAUGUUCUGAUCUUUUUUUUUUUUUUUUUUUUUGUGCAAACAAAAACCAGUUUAAUGUGUUUAUAAACACAGUCUCAUUCUAAGAUACCUGGGGCAAAAAAACCAACAAAAAAAACAACAAAGAUGUAAACAAGCAACUGUGUACUCUAAUGAGAAUGAAUCAACCUUUUAGCAGUAAGGAAGCUUCUCUGGUGCCUUACAAAUAAAAGAUGUGAUUGAGAAUGGUCA